UCUGACUCUUACACAAGAUUCAUUGAGCCCAUUGAAGCAUUCUAGUCCCAUACGGUGCUGUAAUCCACGUGCAAUGGCCCCUUUCACAUGUCUACUUACCCACCUGAUGAUGAUUCUAGGGCAGCUGCCUCCCUAUUCCCCCAAAACUAUGCCUCUUCAGCUACUGGAGCAGUUAAUAACCCCUUGGGUGGUCUCGCACCAAGCAAUUCCAUUGUCAACCCGUUCACCUUGCAACAAAACCACUACUCCAUACUCCACAGCUGCCGUUGGUACAUCAUCUACACUUUAUUCAUCCGUUCUAAUAACCGGGUUAACAAGAGCCGCCACCGGAGUGUCCACCGCAACGAAACACAUUCCCAUCACAGCUGCACCGAUUCGACUAUCAAGAGCCGUCACAGAGCUAAUCCGACCAUCCCCAUCAUCAGCAGCAAGACAUCUCGUCAUUCCUCGACCAUGUGUCACUGGGUUCGGUUCACACACCCAAUCUGCUCGCACUUUUACUCCCCGACCAUGCUCAUACCGUGCGCCAACAACGAGGCCGAUCAGAACCCGAAUGGCUGCUGGAGAGUAAGGGGAACUCGGGCCAAUCCAGCUCCAGUAGAACUGCCCCACGCACAAGAUUAUACGUGUGUCGAGGCCGACUGCGUCAAGCGGUGGUUCUGCUGCCUGUGCGGAGGACCGGACGGAGGUGACGAGGAGACGACACAAUGCACUGAAUGCCGAAUGUAUCGGUGCGAACGGUGCCCGUGGAAAUGGGGCAUGUGCGAGAUGACGGAAUAAAGCGGGACUUUAUAGGCAGACAUGGACUCGAGGCGCCCUGGCGGUACUGACCUUUUGGCUGCUGGUCAGCACUAGAAAAUAAUAACGGACAGU